CACACCGCAUACAUACUAUCUGUGUAUGUACAUUUGUUUCACCGAACUAAUGAUCUUACUUGAAAUGUAAGAAUAUUCUACAUAAUUGGAAAUACUCCAACUGUUGUGUAAGUUUUGUCUGGACUUGAGGACGAGAAUAUUACAGAAUAACUUUCAGUUUCAAAUAAGAACUUUGUUGGAAAUGGCUUUCUCUGCAUCAACUGGAAAUAUUUGCUUUUCCAUCGCUCUGGGAGUUGCGACUAUCGCCAUAGGAGCGGUGCUGAUAAAUCACUUCUUCGGCGGACAAAAGAAGAAGAAAUCGCCAGAAGCGACGAAAGCACAAACCGCUAACACAUCAACUCAAAAACGUACCUUGUUGGACCCGAACGAAAAAUAUUACCUGCCAUUAAUUGAAAAAGAGGAGAUCAGCCACGAUACUCGUCGGUUUCGAUUCGGUUUACCGAGCAACGAACACGUUCUUGGUUUACCCGUUGGCCAGCACAUUCAUUUGAUUGCAACCAUCAAUGAAGAGCUCAUUAUUCGUGCAUACACACCGGUGUCCAGUGACGAUAACAAAGGGUAUGUGGAUUUGGUGAUCAAAGUGUACAAACGGAAUGUUCAUCCGAAGUUCCCCGAUGGUGGUAAAAUGUCACAAUUUGUUGAUGCGUUGAAAAUUGGUGACACUAUUGCGUUCCGUGGUCCAACUGGAAAGCUGCAAUAUCUUGGCAAUGGACAAUUUUCGAUCAAGAAACUGCGUAAAGAUCCUGCGGAAACAGUUGGUGUGAAAAUUGUCAAUUUAAUCGCAGGCGGCACAGGCAUUACUCCCAUGUUGCAACUAGCUAGGGACGUGACGAAAAACCGAGAAAAAGAUUCAACCAAACUGGCGUUGCUGUUCGCUAACCAAUCGGAAGAUGAUAUUUUGUUGAGAAAAGAAUUGGACGAAUUGGCCGAACAGCAUUCCGAUCGAUUUAAAGUUUGGUAUACUUUGGACAGAGCCACUGAUGGUUGGAAAUACAGCACAGGAUUCGUGAGCGAGGAAAUGAUCAAAGACAACCUCUAUCCACCAUCCGAUGACACAAUAACAUUGAUGUGUGGACCGCCACCGAUGAUCAACUUCGCCUGUCAGCCGAAUUUGGAGAAGUUGGGCUACAGUGCUGAACGACGAUUCGCAUACUAAAUUCAAUUUGAUAUUAAUAUGUGCGAUUCUAUUGAUUUAUUGUUGAUCAAGAUAAUGUUAUAGGCUGCUUAUGAAUAUGCCCAAGUGCUUAUUAUUAUUGUUGUAACGAAGGCAAUUUUUUUCUACUUAGUAUGUAUUGUACUAGUACUACAUAUAAAAUGUUAACAGAUAUUUA